AUGUUGAAGCUAGGCCAGUCUCAUCGCGACCCAAAGCACAUGCAAGCAUGGCUUAUUGGCGGUGGGAUUGCGUCAAUAUCGGUAGCUGUGCAUCUGAUUAGCGAAGCCCAAGUUCCAGGCUCAAGCAUUCAUCUUCUCGACCUACACCCGGCUCCAGGGGGAGGAAUGACCCCAGGUGGUAAUGCACAGGACGGGUACUUCCUUCCAUUUGAAUGCCAUCCAUAUUUUCACGGCAGUUCACUAGAAAGACUUCUGUCUUUUGUUCCAAGCAAAACAGAGGUUGGAGGAACUAUGAUGGAUGAGAUUCGACGAUUUGAGAAUAUCGAACGGCCUCAGCCGCAGAAAACUGCUCUUGUUCGAGCACUGAAGCAUGGACCUUCGGGAUUGGAAUUGGUCGAAACCAAAAGUCUCCAUAUCGGGGCUAGGAAUCGACUUGCUUUAGUGAAUCUCAUACUGGAGGGCGAAGCUACAAUUGGUUCAAAGACUGUCAAGGAUAUAAUGGAUGAGGCAUUCUUCAAAUCAACAUUCUGGAUGUUAUGGGCUACAGAAUUCGGACUGCAGCCUUGGCAUAGUGCCAUCGAGUUUCGAAGACAUCUUCGCAAAUAUCUGGAAGAUAUACAAGACCUCAACAACGUCAAAAAGCUGAAUCGAACCGAGUCCAAUCUUUACGAAUCCAUCGUCUACCCUAUUCUGACUUACUUAAAAGAAGAGCAUGUCCAUUUUCAUUUCAAUACAGAGGUAACUAAUUUGACUGUCUACCCGGUGGAAGACCCAGCUAUGGUCACGUCGCUUGAGUUCCUUCAAGAUGGCUUAGAGCAUACGGUCAAUAUCAAUCCGACGGACAUCGUUAUUGCAACAUUAGGCUCGACUAGUGCAGGUGCAUCGUUAGGAACAAACCAAUCCUCGCCUCCUAACUUGUCCCUGAACUGUGAAAAUGAAGUAGCUCGUGACUGGCGAUUGUGGCUGAGACUUGCGCAGCAUUCUCCAAAAUUCGGGUGUCCUAACAACUUUCUGUCGCAAGGCCUACGGUCUACAGUCGAAACAUUUACGACAACAUUCCACGGGCCAGAUUUCAUGGUACUUUAUGAGAAAUUGACACAUGACCGCCCCGGUACGGGCGCUAUCAUAACCUUGGCAGAGAGCAACUGGGCAAUAUCGCUGUCCAUUCCACGCCAACCUGUCUUUUCAAGCCAAUCAAGAUCGACGAACAUUAUAUCCGGUUAUGCCCUGAAACCGGCCAGUGAGGGGAGAUUUGUGAGAAAGCCCAUGUACAAAUGCAGCGGUCAGGAGAUUUUAUUCGAGAUACUCUCAUUUCUUGAAUUCCCUAUUCAGCCUCUUCUGUCAACCUCGAAAACUAUCCCAUACGGAAUGCCAUUUGGGACUGCUCCUUUUCUGUCACGGCACGAAGGAGAUCGACCUCGAGUGAUUCCUCAAGGAACUACCAACAUCGCAUGCGUUGGCCAGUUUGUGGAUAUACCCGACGAUACUACUUUAGCUAUGCAGUACAGCGUCCAUAGUGCCCAAAUUGCGGUGACUGAGUUGAUGGGGCUGCCUCCAACCCCCGACGAAGUCAAGAAGAGCCUACUCCUGGAAGUCUUGCAUUUUAUGAUUUGA